GAUGGUUCGAUAAGGAAAAAUUACGAGAAUUAGAAAAAAAAUUAUUGCAGGCCGUAAUCGGCAGCAGCAAUUUUAGUUCCGAGCAGUUGGCUGAAAAUUAUAAAGUGGUAUAUAGCAAAAUAACCGAACUAAAACCAACCGGUUGA